AUGCCCAUGGACGAACGUGAACUUGGGCAGCGCGUCAAGGCGCUCACUAAGUGUGUUGCUGCGAACGAGCCUCCCGAGAAUGCUAUCAAGCUGCUCGAAACAUUAAAGAAGGAUGCGUCUCCUACCGAAGAAAUGCUAAGGGCAACAAGAGCUGGUGUCUUUGUCGGCAAACUCAGAUCAAAUGCCAACAAAGAUAUCGCACGCGCGGCCUCCGAACUCGUCAGCAAGUGGAAAAAGCUUGUUGAACAGGAGAAGAGCUCGAAGCUGCAAAAGUCAAAGGUCGGCUCAGGAUCCCCGGCCCCAGCUCCCGCAUCCGCUCCCGCAUCGUCGCCUGCGCCUCCUCCCUCGUCUUCUGGAACCUCUGGAGCCAAGUACAAGGGCGAUGUCGAGAAGCGCAAGUACGAGACCGACAACGUCAACGUCAAGCGAACCGAAUCGAGCGUGCGAAACUCAUGCAUUGGUCUUAUAUACAACGGCCUGGCCUACCGAUCGACGGCAUCCGAGAGUGAUGUUAUCAACAGAGCUAUUGCUGUUGAGAAUGCUGCCUUUGUUAAGUUCAAGGGAGAGACACCCGACUACAAGAAGAAGAUGCGAUCGCUUUUCACCAACCUCAAGAACAAGUCCAACAGGGAACUCGGAAAGAGCGUUCUGUCCGGAGAAAUUUCUGCUGAAAAGUUUGUCGUCAUGACUGACGAUGAGCUCAAGAGCGAGGAGCAGCGUAAGAAGGAGCUCGAGCUGGAGAGGGAGAACAUGAAGAUGGCCCAGGUGCCCCAGGAGCAGAAGAGUAUCAGUGAGAGUCUGGAGUGUGGUCGAUGCAAGAAGAAGCAGGUCAGCUACACGCAAGCGCAGACCCGAGCUGCUGAUGAACCUAUGACCACUUUCUGCGAGUGCAUGGCUUGCGGACACCGAUGGAAGUUCUCUUAG